GACCUUUAGUUCAGCUACCUGGAAGAUUUUAUAAUUGCGAUAACACCCUUCGUUCUUUGAAGUUUCAAUUCAACCAACUGGAACCAACAACAGAAUUCCUAGCGGGCGUCAGGCGGAGUCUCCACCGCGUUUCCUCGGAUUUGGCUCCGGAAUUGGAAGCGAUCGACGGAGAAUCGCUUGUCCCCUCUCGGCUCCCCGCCCGCCUCAAUCGCUUCGCCCGUUCCGUAACCCCCCACGGCCCGGCGAUCGCUCUGGGUCCCCGAUUCGGCCAGUUUGGUUCCAAUUGGGGCCGGAUUGGUGCUCGGAGGGAUCAAGCAGAGGACAAGAUCAGGGUUUGAUCGGCGAAUUCGUUUGUCUUGGCGGAAGAAAAGCGGCCAGAAACCGAGGCCGUUCCUUGUGCGGCCAAGGCGCUCGAAAUUCGUCAAGCUAAUUGGGAAGGAGACUGAACAUGACACUGCAGGAUGAAUGGUAGGAAAGAUAGGGGGAGGUUUAGCAGAUUUAUACACCGCUUGUCAGUGCAAUGCCUGUGCUCUGGGGAUCAGACGAACACGAUGGAUCGGGCAAUCCAAUUAUCGGAGAACAUAGACAUAAAAGAUGGCAUGACCAGCCGGACUCCAAAUCCUGUGGCUGGGCGGCAUGUCAAUAAUGUUGGCAUGGAGGAGGUUGAGUUGUCGCUACAGGGAGGUGGCUCCCUUAAUUAUGAGGAAGCAAGGGCAUUGCUUGGAAGGGUAGAAUACCAAAGGGGACAUAUUGAAGAAGCACUUCGCGUAUUUGAUGGGAUAAAGAUAUCUGCACUAAUUCCUGAGAUGAAAAAGUCUGUCGUUAGAAAAGUUGGCCAGCAAAAGCCUCGCCCACAUUCCAGUUCUCUGACAAUGCCCUUCCAUUCUGUUACUAUACUGAUGGAGACUAUAUAUCUUAAAUCUCUUGCACUGCAUGAUCUUGGAAAGUUUGAAGAAGCUGCACGUGAGUGCAGUGCAAUAUUGGAUAUUGUGGAAUCUGCAGCACCUGAAGGUUUGCCGAGCAACUUUGGAAAUGAUUGUAACUUGAAUGAAACAAUAUGCAGAGCAGUUGAGUUACUUCCUGAGCUUUGGAAACUAGGAGGUUUUCCUCUUGAAACUAUCUCUUCAUAUAGGAGGGCUCUUGUUAGUAAUUGGAACCUUGAUGCAAAGACCAUUGCUAAACUACAGAAAGAAUUUGCUGUUUUUCUACUAUACAGUGGCUAUGAAGCCGGACCUCCCAAGCUUCGAUGUCAAUUGGAUGGUUUAUUUGUACCUCAGAAUAAUCUGGAAGAAGCUAUUCUUCUUUUGUUGAUUCUAUUGGUGAAGUUCAAUCUUAAGAGGAUUGAAAGGGAUGCAACUGUGAUGCAUCACUUAAGUUUUGCACUGUCCGUGUCAGGGCAGUUGAAACCUCUUGCUCGUCAGUUUGAAGCACUAUUACCUGGUCUUCUAGACAAUAGAGAGUGGCUGUACAUUGUUGCAUUGUGCUACUUAGCAUCAGGUGACGAUUUAAAUGCACUGAAUCUUCUUAGAAGGGUAUUGAAGUCUGGAGAAGAUUCAAACAGUCUCAAAGAACUUCUCCUGGCUUCAAAAGUUUGUGGCGAAGACAGUGCUCAUGCUGGAGAAGGAGUUUUAUAUGCUCGUAGAGCCCUUGCCAAUCAGCAUGGAGGUUGUGAUCAAAUGGAGGUUGUUGCAGGCCGUUUGCUUGGCAUUUCCCUUUCCAAUCUUGCUAGAUAUGCUACAACUGAUAUAGAGAGAGCUGCUCAGCAGCAUGAAGCAUUGGAGGUGCUUGCUAAUGCUGGAAAAAAGAUGCACAGCAGAGAUUUUGGGACAAUAUACAGUCUCAGCCUUGAAAAUGCUGUGCAGAGAAAAUUAGAUAGAGCAGCUCAUUAUGCAAAGAAGCUGUUGAAAUUAGAGGCUGGGUCAGAAUUGAAGACUUGGCUGCUUAUAGCUCGAAUAAUGAGUGCCCAAAAACGAUUUGAAGAUGCUGAGUGCAUUGUAGAUGCCGCAUUAGAUCAGGCUGGGAAGUGGUCUCAAGGAGAUCUAUUGCAAACCAAAGCCAAAAUUCAGAUUGCCCAUGGGCAGUUUAGGAAAGCAAUUGAGACAUAUACACAGCUUCUUGCUCUGAUCCAACUUAUUGUGAAGAGUUUUGGUGCUGGGAUUUCUGUCUUGCAGGGAACUAGGACUGAUAAAAGUCUGGAAAUAAAAACAUGGUAUGAUCUUGCCCUUUUGUACCUAAGAAUGUCUCAAUGGAAGGAUGCAGAACUUUGCAUAUCCAAAAUAAAAGCUAUCAGUCCAUAUUCUCCCUUGGCUUGUCAUGCUAUAGGAAAGCUCAAUGAAGGCAAAGGUUUUAUGAAAGAGGCUCUGCGAGCAUACUCAACAGCGUUAGACCUCGAUCCUAAACAUGUACCGAGUUUGUUAUCAACUGCUACUGUUCUUCGACAGCUUUAUAAGAAGCCCUUGCCUGUUGCUAGAUGCUUCCUAACUGAUGCGUUGAGACUAGACAGAACAAACCAUGUUGCCUGGUUCAACCUUGGCUUACUCUAUGAAGACGAAGGUGACAGCGCAGCGAUUGAAGCUGCUGAAUGUUUUAGGGCUGCUGCACUUCUUGAAGAAAAUGCCCCGGCAGAACCUUUCAGAUGACAUAUAUCAACUCCUUAGAGGGAAACAGACUGUAACUAACUCUGAAUCUCAACAUGUUUACAGGAGUGGCUAUGUUAUAGGCAACUUUCACACAACGGUUUUAACUUUUUUCAACAUUUUUGCAGUGCAGUGGAUGUGUUAACAAAAAAAUUAUGGUCGAUUACCUGAUUAAUUUUUUUUUUAUAAAAAUAUGUGCAAUGAGGAA